AUGUUCUGGGACGCUUAUUCUCACAGCAUGCCCCACGCUGAGUGGUUCGGCGAGCUUUCCAUGUGGCUCCUCCUUUUCCUCGCCCUUCGCUACGGCAUCACCCUCCAGCGGGUUCCCAACCCAGAUCGCCAGCGUGGAGCCAACGUCCGCCGACAGGAUGGCGAGAUCCAGUUCGAGAUCAUGUGCCGACGUCCCCCUGAGCGACGCUAUCACCAAAUACCACCCCGCGAACCACUGCCUUCGGUUGCUCUUUGCGCCGACUGA